AUGCUCGCUGGAAUCCCAUCAACGGCUGCCGUCGCACCUGCGCCAGUUGCGGUGCACUCGAGCAUGUGUAAGCGCCAACUCCUCCGUCCCUCUCUCCGUCCCCACUCUCCAUCCCUCCCUCCCCGCUCGCUCCCGGGCUCCUUCUACCCGCUUCCCGUUUUCCGUCCACCUCUUCGAUCCCCCGCUCCGUUUCCCCCGUGCCGUUCCCCCCUCUCCGUCCCGCUCUGCGCCCCCCUCCCUGCUCCCCUGGUUCCUUCCGCGCACGUCCCAGAUUACACGCCCCAGCCUCCCCCCUUCGCCAGUUCUUUCCGCCUGCUUUCCGGUCUCUCCCUCCUCUCACAUUCCCCCACCGCUCCCAGACUCUCCCCCCUUCCCUUCCGCAACCCCCGGCCUCCCCCCUUUUUCUCCUCCUCUCUCUUCCCCUUCCUUCCACCUUCCUCCCCUCUCCCCAACCCCCCUCACUUCUCAACUCCGCUAACUAGCCUUUUCGGCUCACCCUCUCUGUUGUCCAUCAAGGGCGGCGAUCUCUUCGGCGGUCUCCCAGAGGAGCUCAGCUCUCUCACGCGCCUCAUCCACCUCGCCAUCGGCUCCAAGCCCUCCUUUAGCCAGCUCACCAACAUUCGAGGACCCCUCCCUGCUGCCUACUCAACCCUCGUGGCCCUACAGUACCUCCCCACCCUUUAUUCUUUCCCCCUCUUCCCUCAUCCCCCGUUAUUCUUUCCCCCUCUUCCCUCAUCCCCCGUUAUUCUUUCCCCCUCUUCCCUCAUCCCCCUUUAUUCUUUCCCCUCUUCCCUCAUCCCCCUUUAUUCUUUCCCCCUCUUCCCUCAUCCCCCUUUAUUCUUUCCCCCUCUUCCCUCAUCCCCCUUUAUUCUUUCCCCCUCUUCCCUCAUCCCCCUUUAUUCUUUCCCCCUCUUCCCUCAUCCCCCUUUAUUCUUUCCCCCUCUUCCCUCAUCCCCCUUUAUUCUUUCCCCUCUUCCCUCAUCCCCCUUUAUUCUUUCCCCCUCUUCCCUCAUCCCCCUUUAUUCUUUCCCCCUCUUCCCUCAUCCCCCUUUAGUCUUUCCCCCUCUUCCCUCAUCCCCCUUUAUUCUUUCCCCCUCUUCCCUCAUCCCCCUUGAUUCUUUCCCCCUCUUCCCUCAUCUCCCUUUAUUCUUUCCCCCUCUUCCCUCAUCCCCCUUUAUUCUUUCCCCCUCUUCCCUCAUCCCCCUUUAUUCUUUCCCCCUCUUCCCUCAUCCCCCUUUAGUCUUUCCCCCUCUUCCCUCAUCCCCCUUUAUUCUUUCCCCCUCUUCCCUCAUCCCCCUUUAUUCUUUCCCCCUCUUCCCUCAUCCCCCUUUAUUCUUUCCCCCUCUUCCCUCAUCCCCCUUUAUUCUUUCCCCCUCUUCCCUCAUCCCCCUUUAG